GAGACCAUGGCUUGCUUUCCAUGGCGGGUAUUUUGGAUAAUUCAAGCGCUCGUGGAUGUGACACUUUCGCAGGAAAUCUACGCUCCUCAUUCCAUCCGAAUUGAGGGGGAUCUGACCCUGGGUGGCCUUUUCCCGGUCCAUGCCCGUGGGGUCUCCGGGGAACCGUGUGGAGAUAUAAAGAAGGAGAACGGGAUACACAGGUUGGAGGCGAUGCUUUAUGCGUUGGACCAAAUCAACAGCGACGACGAGCUUUUGCCCAACAUCACUUUAGGGGCUCGGGUUUUAGACACAUGUUCGCGAGACACGUACGCGCUGGAGCAGUCGCUUACUUUUGUGCAGGCUCUCAUACAGAAAGACACGUCGGAUGUGAGGUGUACGAACGGAGAGCCCCCGGUGUUUGUCAAACCCGAAAAGGUGGUCGGAGUCAUUGGGGCUUCGGCGAGCUCGGUGUCCAUCAUGGUCGCAAAUAUUCUGCGACUGUUCCAGAUUCCGCAGAUCAGCUACGCCUCCACCGCCCCAGAAUUGAGCGAUGACCGCCGGUACGAUUUCUUUUCUCGUGUCGUACCUCCCGACUCCUUCCAAGCACAAGCAAUGGUGGAGAUAGUCAAGUCGAUGGGGUGGAACUACGUAUCUACCGUGGCCUCGGAGGGAAGCUAUGGCGAGAAAGGAGUCGAGGCCUUCAUGCAGAUUUCAAGAGGAGCCGGUGGAAUCUGCAUCGCUCAGUCGCUGAAGAUCCCUCAUGACCACAAACAGGGAGAUUUUGACAAGAUCAUCCGACAGCUCCUGGAGACGCGUCAUGCCCGCGCGGUCAUUAUUUUCGCAAACGACGAAGAUAUUCGGGGGAUCCUCAAUGCCACUAAAAGUGCCGAUAAAGUGGGCCAUUUUCUGUGGAUUGGCUCAGACAGUUGGGGAGCGAAGAACAGCCCUAUUCAAGGGCUCGAGGACGCGGCCGUCGGCGCUAUUACCAUCCUGCCAAAAAGAGCCACUAUUGCUUUCAACUGCAAUCUCGUGAGACCGUCAGGGCAAGAGCGAAUAGGGAUAGACUCCAAAUACGAGCAGGAAGGGAAGGUGCAGUUUGUGAUCGACGCGGUGUAUGCCAUGGCUCAUGCUCUGCACAAGAUGCAGAAGGAGUUUUGUCCGGACCAGUCAGGAAUUUGUGAGGAGAUGGAGCACGCCGGUGGAAAGAAACUCCUGAAGAGCAUCCGGUCGGUCAGCUUCAACGGGAGCGCAGGAACGAUGGUGGUGUUCAAUAACAACGGAGACGCACCGGGACGAUACGAUCUCUUCCAGUACCAGAUGAACAUCAACAACACUCCUGGAUAUAAAGUUAUUGGGCAGUGGACAGAAAAUCUCCAGCUGAACAUGGAUGAGAUGCAGUGGCCUAAUGGUGAGAUGGAGAUCCCCAGCUCGGUCUGCAGUCUUCCCUGUAAGACAGGUCAACGCAAGAAGAUGGUGAAAGGCAUGCCAUGCUGUUGGCACUGCGAGCCCUGCGACGGCUACCAGUACCAGUACGACGAGACCUCUUGCAAGCUGUGUGCCUACAACAUGCGCCCUAACCCCAAUCGUACCGCCUGCCAGCCAAUCCCAAUUGUCAAACUGGAGUGGCACUCUCCCUGGGCCGUCAUUUCAGUCUUCCUGGCAAUGCUCGGCAUCAUCGCCACCAUCUUCGUCAUGGCAACGUUUAUCCGCUACAAUGAUACGCCAAUCGUCAGAGCAUCUGGGAGGGAGCUCAGCUACGUUCUGCUAACUGGGAUCUUCCUAUGUUACAUCAUUACUUUUGUUAUGAUCGCUACGCCGGAUGUGGCUGUGUGCUCCUUCAGACGAAUCUUCCUCGGGUUGGGAAUGUGUAUUAGUUAUGCGGCUUUACUUACCAAGACAAACCGAAUUUAUCGGAUCUUCGAGGAAGGGAAGAAGUCAGUUACUCCGCCGAAACUGAUUAGCCCGACGUCUCAGUUAGCAAUCACAUCUAGCCUGAUCUCCGUCCAGCUCUUAGGGGUGCUCAUAUGGUUCGGUGUGGAUCCUCCGAACACCAUAAUCGAUUAUGAUGAACAGAAAACCAUAAACCCAGAGAAGGCCCGAGGGGUUCUGAAGUGUGACAUUACGGACUUACAGAUCAUCUGUUCUCUAGGAUACAGCAUCUUGUUAAUGGUGACGUGUACAGUUUACGCCAUCAAGACGCGAGGCGUUCCGGAAAACUUCAACGAAGCCAAACCCAUCGGCUUCACCAUGUACACCACCUGCAUUGUGUGGCUAGCAUUCAUUCCUAUAUUCUUCGGGACGGCACAGUCGGCGGAAAAGCUCUACAUCCAGACGACGACGUUGACAAUCUCUAUGAAUCUGAGUGCGUCUGUGGCUCUCGGGAUGCUCUACAUGCCCAAGGUGUACGUCAUCAUCUUCCACCCAGAGCUCAACGUGCAGAAACGCAAGCGCAGCUUCAAGGCGGUGGUGACGGCGGCCACCAUGUCCUCCCGGCUGUCCCAUAAACCCAGCGACCGGCCCAACGGAGAGGCCAAGACCGAGCUCUGCGAAAAUCUGGAUCCCAACAGUGAGUGUGUUUAUAAAGAAAACUUAAUAAUUAAAAAGUGGAUGAUGGGAUAUUUGAUAAUGAGCAUCUGCUCGUGAUGAGUUCAAUAUGAC